GCGUCCUGGCCUUUGGCGGCACCGAUGGCGGCGGUUCUCGAACAGCAGCCCCUGCCCUUGCUCCUCCGUCCGGUCCUCCUCCACGGCGCGGGCGCCGCGGCCCACCUCCUGCUCGCUCUCGCCAUCGCUGGCCGCCUCGUCUUCGCCGCCGGCAGCCACCGCGGGAAGGAACGAGCAGCGGCGGUGGUGAGAGGCGCCGGGUUCCAGUGGUGCCGGCUCGCCGUGCGUACCACGUGGGCUCUGGCAGCCUCCGACGUCUUCCUUGCCGCGUACUCGCUGGUCUCGUGGUACCUGGACCUGGACAACCCCGGAGGCAGUGGAUGGGGGGCGUUGGCGGACCAGGCGGACGCCAUGUCCCGCGCGGUGGCAUGGUUGCUGCUCGCGACUUACCUGCAGCUCGACUACAGCAGCCGCGGGGAGGAGCGGUUCCCCGCGCCGCUCAGGCUCUGGUUGGCGCUCUUCCUGCUGCUCUCCGUCCUCGCCGUCGCCGUCCACGCUGCGGCGGCCCUCGAAUACAAAAUUCCCGUGCCCGCGCUAUCAUGGGCGCGCGACGCCGUCUCGGUCCUCGCGGGCGCGGUGCUGCUCGUCGCCGGGUUCUCAUCCGAGAGGAGGGGCGCGGCGGGCGGAUCUGCUUCCGAGGAGCCUCUGCUCAAUGGCGCGAGCGAGACGGCCGCCGAGAACGACACCGUCGAUUCUUCCAUGCUCACGGGCGCCGGCUUCCUUAGCGUCCUCACAUUUUCCUGGUUGGAUGCCUUGUUCGCCGUCGGCCACAGGAAGACGCUUGACCUCGACGACGUCCCGGACCUUGACCACCGCGACAGCGUCGCCGGCCUGCUCCCACCGUUCAAGGCAAACCUUGAGGCGCUCACCGGCGACGGCUCUUGUGGCCAGAAGGUCACCGCGUUCAAGCUCACCAGGGCUUUGGUGCGCACCGUGUGGUGGGAAAUCGCGGUGACUGCGCUCUGCGUUCUGAUCUACAGCCUGGCCAUCUACGUUGGCCCAUACCUCAUCGUCUCACUGGUGCAGUACCUCAACGGCGACGAGAGGUACGCCAGCAAGGGGAAGCUCCUUGUUAUCACCUUCAUCGCAGCCAAGGUGUUCGAGUGCUUGUCGCAAAGGCACUGGUUCUUCGGGAUACAGCGAGCCGGAAUACGUAUGCGGUCCGCGCUUGUCUCUGUUGUGUACCAGAAAGGGAUAUCCUUGUCCAGCACCUCAAGACAGAGCUGCAGCAGCGGCGAGAUGAUCAACAUCAUCAGCGUGGACGCCGACCGCAUCGGGCUCUUCUCAUGGUACAUGCACGAGUUCUGGUUGGUACCGCUUCAAGUAUCCAUGGCAUUGUUCGUCUUGUACUCCACCCUCGGGAUGGCCUCGCUUGCAGCGCUCGCUGUCACCGUUUUAGUCAUGCUUGCCACUGUGCUUCCGAUGCAAAUGCAGGAGAAGUUUCAGGGGAAGCUGAUGGACUGCAAGGAUGUCAGGAUGAAGGCGACAUCUGAGAUCUUGCGCAACAUGAGGAUUCUUAAACUGCAGGGGUGGGAGAUGAAGUUCUUGUCCAAGAUCAUUGACCUGAGAAAGACAGAGGAACCACUGGAGUCAGGGAAGGUGUUGUCUGCAUUGGCCACAUUCCGGGUGCUUCAAGAACCAAUAUACACCCUUCCCGACAUGAUCUCGAUGUUUAUUCAGACUAAAGUUUCUCUUGACAGGAUUGCAUCUUUCCUGUGUCUCGAGGAGUUACCCAUGGAUGCUGUGCAGAGGUUGCCAAGUGGUAACUCCGAUGUCGCAAUUGAGGUCAGCAAUGGGUGCUUCUCCUGGAACAUGUCGGCUGAAGUGCCAACGCUGAAGGACCUGAACUUUCAAGCUCGCCAAGGCAUGCGGGUUGCUGUCUGUGGGACGGUCGGCUCUGGAAAAUCAAGCUUGCUCUCUUCCAUUCUUGGUGAGAUGCCAAAGCUAUCAGGAGAGGUCAAGACUUGCGGAACAAUGGCAUAUGUCAGCCAGUCGGCAUGGAUACAGAGCGGCAAAAUAAAGGACAAUAUACUCUUCGCCAAGGAGAUGGAUUGUGAGAAGUAUGACAGGGUCCUUGAGUCGUGUUCUCUGAAGAAAGACUUGGAGAUAUUACCAUUUGGAGACGAGACGGUUAUUGGCGAGCGAGGCAUCAAUCUUAGUGGCGGGCAAAAACAAAGGAUUCAGAUAGCACGAGCUUUGUAUCAGGACGCCGACAUCUAUUUAUUCGAUGAUCCGUUCAGCGCAGUCGAUGCGCAUACAGGAACCCAUCUCUUCAAGGAAUGUUUGCUUGGGGCUUUGGGUUCAAAAACAGUGGUUUAUGUUACUCACCAGAUUGAAUUUCUACCUGCAGCUGAUCUUAUUCUGGUAAUGAAAGGUGGGAGAAUAGCGCAAGCAGGCAAGUAUAACGAAAUACUUGGCUCAGGGGAAGAGCUAAUGGAACUGGUUGGUGCUCACCAAGAUGCUCUCACAGCAUUGGACGUGAUUGAUGUUGCUAAUGGAGGCAGUGAGGCUUUCUCUUCCAGUGGCGCAUCAAGCCUUUCCAGGUCAUUGUCAUCAGCUGAAGAGAAAGAUAAACAAAAUGGCAAAGAACUUGGCAAGGUUCAAAGUGGGCAGCUGGUGCAGGAAGAGGAAAGGGAAAAGGGCAGGGUUGGGUUCUGGGUCUACUGGAAGUACCUUACAUUGGCUUAUGUGGGAGCUCUUGUACCAUUCGUGUUGAUAGCUCAGAUACUUUUUCAAGUACUUCAGAUUGCUAGCAAUUACUGGAUGGCUUGGGCCUCUCCUGUGUCGAAAGACGCUGAGCCUCCAGUGAGCAUGUCAAGACUGAUCUACGUCUUUGUUGCAUUGGCUGGUGCAAGCUCGCUGUGCAUCCUCGUAAGAGCACUGUUUCUUGUGACAGCUGCAUACAAGACAGCAACUCUGUUGUUCGACAAGAUGCAUAUGUCCAUAUUCAGGGCUCCUAUGUCUUUCUUCGAUUCCACUCCGAGUGGGCGCAUCUUGAAUAGAGCUUCAGCUGAUCAAAGUGAAGUGGACACCAGCAUUGCUCAACAGAUGGGUUCUGUCGCAUUUUCCAUCAUACAACUAGUUGGAAUUAUUGUUGUGAUGUCUCAGGUUGCAUGGCAGGUGUUUGUUGUUUUUGUUCCUCUAACUAUGGCCUGCUUCUGGUAUCAGCGCUACUACAUUGAUACAGCCAGAGAGCUGCAAAGGCUGGUAGGGGUUUGUAAAGCACCUAUAAUACAACAUUUUGCAGAAUCCAUUACUGGAUCAGCAACCAUAAGAAGUUUUGGCAAGGAAAAUGAAUUUGUAUCAACUAAUAGCCAUCUAGUGGAUAAUUUCUCUCGACCAAAAUUAUAUAACGCUGCAGCGAGGGAGUGGCUUUGCUUCCGGUUGGAUAUGCUAUCAUGCCUUACCUUUGCUUUCUCUUUGAUAUUUCUGAUCAGUCUGCCGACUGGUCUCAUUGAUGCAGCAAUUGCUGGUCUCGCUGUCACAUAUGGGCUUAAUUUGAACACACUGCAAACAUCUGUAGUCUGGUACAUGUGUAAUUUGGAGAACAAGAUCAUAUCAGUAGAAAGAAUUCUGCAGUAUAUCAACAUUCCCGAAGAGCCCCCUCUUUCAAUGUCAGGAGAUAAGCUGCCUUAUAACUGGCCGUCAGAGGGAGAAAUUCAGGUCCAUAACCUCCAUGUGAGAUAUGCUCCACAACUACCAUUUGUACUGAAGGGCCUUACAGUUACUUUUCCUGGAGCCAUGAAGACUGGCAUUGUUGGAAGAACAGGCAGUGGUAAAUCAACUCUUAUACAGGCCCUUUUCCGUAUCGUGGAUCCUACUAUCGGUCGGAUACUAAUAGACGGUGUCAACAUUUGCACCAUUGGACUGCAUGAUCUGAGAUGUAGACUGAGCAUCAUUCCACAAGACCCAACGAUGUUCGAGGGAACUAUCAGGAGCAACCUUGACCCUCUUGGGGAGUACAAUGACAAUCAAAUUUGGGAGGCAUUGGGUAACUGUCAGCUAGGAGAUGAGGUCAGGAGAAAGGAGCUGAAACUUGACUCGCCAGUGAUAGAGAAUGGAGAGAACUGGAGCGUGGGUCAGCGCCAGCUUGUCUGUCUUGGUAGAGUGAUUCUGAAAAAGACCAAGAUACUAGUUCUGGACGAAGCCACCGCUUCGGUGGAUACCGCGACAGACAACCUGAUCCAGAAAACACUACGGGAGAAUUUUUCGGAGGCGACGGUCAUCACGAUUGCGCACCGAAUCACCUCGGUCCUUGACAGCGACAUGGUCUUGCUUCUUCACAACGGUGUGGCUGUGGAGCGGGAGACGCCGGCGAAGUUGCUGGAGGACAAGUCGUCUAUGUUCUCAAAGCUUGUGGCAGAGUACACAAUGAGGGCGACACACACAUAGCGAGACGAGUGAAAGCUCCAGUGAUCCUCCUCCCACGCCGUUGAGGCUUCUCGAACGGCUUCUCAAGCAAGCACGACAGUCGAUAAUGCUGAAAAGUUGCCUGUAGGUGAGAUGUGAAGUAGAAGGUCUACCAUGGUGUUAGUGCUACCAAUAUCAGCGUUGAGCUGGUAACUUCACGUGAUCCCAAGCAAACAUCCGCGAUGAGGUUCUUAAAACUAGGUUAAAGUAGAAGGAAGUAGUUUGCGGAGGAUAGAAAGAAGUGAAUCCUGGUUCUUAGUGGCUUGGGCUGUGCACGCCGGAAAAGUUGUGGGAGUAGGUAAUUUGUUGGACUGUGUGUGAUGCCUGGAUAUAUAAAUGAAGUGGUUCAGUUUGAGCACUCUA